AUUUUUAUUUAAUUUGAUUAUUUUUUUCGGUCCGGGCUCCUGAUGUUGUAUGUGGCUGGUGCCUGGUUCCUGAGAGUCGGUAACGUCCGGUCCGGAUGAGGCAGCCAUCACUGCCCAUGGAAGGCAAGCAAGGCAGGCAUCAGCCACAUUAAAAGGUGGGUCUAGAUGUUUUCCCCACCUUCACGUGAUUGCGAGUUGCGGCAGCUCGCACCUUCGCGUCGCUGCCUACUGGGGGGAGGCGCGCCGCGCGACAGCCACUUAAGCCGCCGACCCCACGACCCGUAACUGGUCCUUCCUCUUCUCAGCUCGCUGCAGCAAACCCUCUCGGCCGACCGACACCGUCAUCGUCAGACUGGCUGGCUCACUUACUGGUCUACACGACAUCAUGCCCGACUUGACAGAGGCGGACACCAUCCGCAUUCUGGUUGCGACAGACAACCACGUCGGCUACGAAGAGCGAGACCCGAUACGCAAAGAUGACAGCUGGAGGACAUUUGACGAGAUCCUGAACCUCGCAAAGAGCCAUGACGUCGACAUGGUGUUGCUGGGCGGCGACCUCUUCCACGACAACAAACCCUCCCGAAAAUCCAUGUAUCAGGUCAUGCGCAGCCUUCGAAAGAACUGCCUCGGCAUGAAGCCCUGCGAGCUCGAGUUCCUCAGCGAUGCGAACGAAGUUUUCGAGGGCGCCUUCCCCCACGUCAACUACGAAGAUCCAGACAUCAACAUCUCCAUCCCCGUCUUCUCCAUUCACGGCAAUCAUGACGACCCCAGCGGCGAAGGCCACUUCUGCUCUCUGGACUUGCUCCAAGUCGCUGGCUUGGUCAACUACUUUGGCCGCAUCGCCGAGGCCGACAAUAUCGAGGCGAAGCCGGUGCUGCUGCAAAAGGGCCAGACAAAGCUUGCACUAUUCGGACUGAGCAACGUUCGUGACGAGCGCAUGUUCCGUACCUUUAGGGACCACAAGGUCAAGUGGUUUCGACCGGGCGUCCAGCAGUCGGAUUGGUUCAACCUGCUCGCCGUCCACCAAAACCACCACGCCCACACGGCAACUUCUUACCUUCCUGAGAACGUGCUGCCCGACUGGAUGGAUCUUAUCGUUUGGGGCCACGAGCACGAAUGUUUGAUCGAUCCUCAGCAAAAUCCCGAGACAGGCUUCCAUGUCAUGCAGCCAGGUUCCUCGGUUGCGACGUCGCUUGUGCCGGGCGAGGCGGUGCCGAAACAUGUCGCCGUCCUGAACAUUACUGGGAGGAAAUUCAAGGUCGAGAAGCUGCCCUUGAAGACGGUAAGACCCUUCGUCACGAGAGAGAUCCAGCUAGCGACCGACCCGCGAUUCAAGGGCUUGCACACCAAGAAGGACAACCGACAGGAGCUCACCAAGAGACUGAUGGUUGUAGUCGAGGAGAUGAUCCAAGAGGCCAACGAGGAAUGGUACGCCGUUCAGGAUAACGAUGAAGAAGAGCCUCCACUACCGUUGAUCCGUCUCAAGGUGGAAUACACAGCCCCCGAGGGUGGUCAAUACGACUGCGAGAACCCUCAGCGUUUUUCAAACAGGUUCAUCGGCAAGGUCGCCAACACCAAUGAUGUAGUCUACUUCCAUCGGAAGAAGGCUGGGGUCUCGAGACGCAAUGCCGGCACUGACGUUCCUGAGAUGUUGGAGGAGACAUUAGGUCUCGAUACUGUCAAGGUCGAGGCCCUAGUGCAGGAGUUCCUGAUGGCCCAGUCUCUCAAAAUCCUGCCAACGGCACCUUUCGGUGAUGCCGUCAACCAGUUUGUCAACAAAGACGACAAGCACGCGAUGGAGGAGUUUGUUAGCGAGUCUCUGGCCGGGCAGGUUAAGCAGAUGCUCAGCCUCGACUCAGAUGAGGAAGAUCUCGACAACGCCAUGGAGGCUUAUCGGGCCAAGCUUGAGGAGCAGUUCUCUAAGGGCGCUCUGAAGAGGACAACGAAGCGCACCGUCAAGCCGAAACCGGAUGAAUGGGAUUCGGAUCUGGACGGACACUGGGAGGACCAACCUGGUGUAGUCGAGACCGAGGCAGUGACUGGAGCACCUGUCAGGUCACGAAGGGCACAAACACAGGAUGAUGACAAUGAUCUGAUGGACAUGGAGGAUGAGCCAGCGGCUCGUCCAGCACCCGCCAAAAAGGCGGCCACUACCCGAGCCACAAAGGCGGCCCCGGCGAAGAAAGCUCCGGCGAAGAAGGCGCCAGCCAAGAAGGCGCCUGCUCGAGGCCGCAAGAAGGCCGUGUUCGAAGACGAAUCCGAGGAGGAGGACGUGGUGAUGGACGAUGACUUUGAAGAGCCACCCGCGCCCACCCGCGCGAGAAGGUCCCAGCCCGCUCGUGCGGCUCCGAAGGGCCGCCAGACGAAGCUCAAUUUCUCACAAGCCACGACCUCGCAGGCUGCGGUCGAGAUCAGCGAUGAUGAGAUCUCUGACGAUGAUGCCUUUGAGUCUGUGCCAACAACUGCCCGUUCCAGACGGAGAUAGUCUUCGGCUGGUCAGGAGAAGUGCCGCGGCUGAUGAGGCGCUGCCGCGGUCCUGGUCAAGGACACAGUUACUGUGAUUAAAAAAAGUUUUAUCGAGACAUUUAGAGGUCUCGCGUGCAUUCGGCCAUCUGGAGUCAAGGAAGCGGGGUUUGCUUUGCCUUAGAUCGAUGAACUAAGAUACCACGUCGCGAAUGAUGAGAAAUUUUGGC